UUGGGUUUCCGCGUAGACAGAUGAGAUUGAGAAGGUGACUAUCUCGAAGGGAAAAAGAGAGAGAAAGCUUUUUUGGUUUUUGUUUUCUAAAAUCUGAACGAACAACAACGCUCUCUUUGAGUUUGACACCUAAGCAAAAGGAAACCAUUUCACACCGGCUAUUCACACCACCUUCAUAUAAAUCUUUCUUUCUCUUUCCGUGUUUCUUUCGAUCUAUCUUUUCUUGGUGCAUAAUUAAUCUGGUUUCAGUUGCGUGUAUUGGUGGCUAAUUUUAACUAUGGAGGGACACAAUCAUCCUCAUCAUCAACAUCAUCAACAUCCUCAUCCUCCUAUCAGUUUUAACGUGGAUAACAGUGAUAGGUUUCCUCAAUGGAGUGUUCAAGAAACAAAAGAGUUCUUGAUGAUCAGAGCAGAGUUAGAUCGAACUUUUAUGGAGACAAAGAGAAACAAGCUUUUAUGGGAAGUUAUCGCCGCAAAGAUGAAAGAAAAGGGUUAUAAUCGGAGCGCUGAACAAUGCAAGUGCAAGUGGAAAAACCUCUUUACUCGAUACAAGGGAUGUGAAACGGUGGAACCUGAAUCUUUGAGGCAGCAAUUCCCAUUUUAUAAUGAACUGCAGGCAAUUUUGUCAGCUAGAAUGCAAAGAAUGUUAUGGGCUGAAGCUGAAGGAGCAGCCACCGGGUCGAAAAAGAAAGGGGUGCAGUUAUCUUCAGAUGAAGAAGAUGAUAACGAAGAUAGCGAAGGAGAGAAGGGUAACGCUAAGAAGAAAAUAAAAAAGAGAAGCAAAAGCGGUGGGAAUACUAGUGGUAGUGGAAACAGCAAUAAUUUGAAAGAGAUAUUGGAGGAUUUCAUGAAGCAACAAAUGCAAAUGGAAAUGCAAUGGCGAGAAUCAGUGGAAACAAGAGAGAACGAAAGGAGAUUGCGGGAGAUGGAGUGGAGACAAACAAUGGAAGCAUUGGAGAAUGAGAGGUUAAUGAUGGAUAGGAGCUGGAGAGAAAGAGAAGAGCAAAGAAGAAUGAGAGAAGAGGCUAGGGCUGAGAAGAGAGAUGCUCUCAUCACAGCACUUCUAAACAAGCUUAGAAGACAAGACAUGUAGCCUUUUACUUGUUUUCAGAGCAAACUCAUCUCUAGGUCAAGCUAAAGUAUUUUUUGGAUUCGAAACAAAUUCCAAUUGAUUCUUAUUCGAGUUUGGCUCAACUUGAAACUACAGUUAAUUAUCGGUGAAUUAAUAUUAUUGAUACUUUUUUUUUCCUUUUAGUUGAAUUAUUUGUUUAUAAGUUGUGCUUUUGGCAUCCCAAGGGGUGAAUAAUAACCCUUCUGCGUUUAGUCUUGCUUUCAGCACAGGUGACCUUUCAUUUUAUUAUUUCAUGUAAAAAUAAGUAUUACUACUUUUCCUCUUUGCUUUUAGAAAUGAUAUUUUUAAUUUUUUUUGGGAAAUAACUCGCAUCUCCUUUUGGUUCA